CGGCCCGCCGCUUCACCUAACGGGCCCCGCCGCUGCACUGCCGGCCCCCGCCGCUGCAACCCCACGGCCCGCCCGCUGCACACCUUACGGCCCGCGCCCCACCUGGUCGGCCCGCCGCUGCACCCUACGGCCCCGCCACUGCACCUGCCGCCCGCCGCUGCACCGGUCGACCCGCCGCUGCACCUGACGGCCCCGCCCCUGCAUCUCCCGGCCGAGCCGCCCCAGCAGCAGAGCCGCCCAGCAGCCGAAAACCCCCGGGAGCCGAGGCCGCCCAACGCCGAGCCGCCCGGGACCCGAAGCCGCCCUGCUGCCGAGCCGCCCGGGACGCCGAGCCGCCUGCAACGAGCCGCCUAUCGCCGAGCCGCCCGGGAGCCGAAGCCGCCUGCGCCGAGCCGCCCAGCCGCCGAGCUGCCCGGGAGCCGAGCCGCUGUGCACCCGAGCCGCCCGGUCGCUGAGCCGCCUUCUUGCAUAGUGCACGACCUGCCCUGCCUGGUGAGGCCAGUCCCAUUGACACUGCGAGCUCUUUCCCUACUGCUUGCACUGCGUCGCUGUCGACGCCAUGGCUAUCCUAGUGUCCUAGCUUUUGACGCUGAGGGUCGCGCCAUUGAUUUUGAGGUCUGGUUAGACGACCUGCAGCUGUUCUUACAGUGCGACAGGGCUGACGACCUUUCUCUCUUUGACCUCACCUCUGGCGCCUCUCCUGCUCCUGCUGCUGAUGCUGAUCCCACUGUCCGCUCUAAGUGGGCCACCCGCGAUGCUGCUGCACGUCUUGCUGUGCGUCGCCACCUCCCUACCUCUGAGCGUGCGCACUUUAGUCAGUACAAGAGUGCUCAGACCUUGGGUGCUCUCCUUCCCCCUUGCUGCCCUCUGUUGCCUCUACUGCUGCUGCCGACCUGCUUGGUCUUGAGUCGGUCGGCGCGGCGUCUGCCCCUAGUGGGAGACGUCGCUCCAGCAAGGGCAAGGGGGGCAAGGGCGCGGGUGGAGCUGGAGGGGCGGUGGCCGGUGGCGGCGGGUGGCGGCGGAGGGAGUGGGGGUGGCGGCGGGACUAGUGGCGGGGGUGGUGGUGAUGGUGGCAGCAGCGGCGGAGACGGUGGUGGUGGUGCCAGCGGUGGUGGUGGAGGCAGCGGCGGGGUGGAGGCGGCGGAGGUGGAGGCGGUGGAGGCGGCAGCGGAGGAGGCGGUGGUGGUGGAGGAGGUGGAGCUGGUCGAGGUGGUACCAGCAGCGUAG